AUGCCGGGUCUACUGAACCAGAUCACGGGGGCAGCCCUGCCCCUCACCGCGUCCGAUGUCACCUCCUUUGUCAGUGGUUACGCCCUGGGUCUGACCGCCUCCCUCACCUAUGGCAACCUGGAAGCCCAGCCCUUCCAGGGCCUCUUUGUGUAUCCACUGGAUGAGUACACCACGGUGAUCGGCUUUGAGGCCGUCAUUGCCGACCGUGUCGUGACGGUACAGAUCAAGGACAAAGCCAAGAUGGAGAGUGGCCACUUCGAUGCCAACCGCAUCCGAACCACAACUGUCACAGGAAACAGUCCGCAAGAGGGGGUGUCCGUCACCCCUCGUUCCUUCACACCAGGAAAGGUGGCUUUGGACGAGGAUUUGGAGCGGAUCCUGUUCGUGGUCAACCUGGGGACCAUCGCCCCCAUGGAGAACGUCACCAUCUUCGUCAGCACCUCGUCGGAGCUCCCGACGCUGCCCAGCGGGGCUGUGCGGGUCCUCCUGCCUGCUGUCUGCGCCCCGACCGUGCCCCAGUUCUGCACCGAGAGCACUGGCUCCUCCAACCAACAGGCCGCCGGCAAAGACAGGCAUUGCUUCGGGACCCGGGCCCCGGACUCCUGGAACAAGCUGUGCCUGGCGACUCUCCUGGACACCGAUGUGUCCAACCCCAUGGAAUAUGAGUUCAACUUCCAGCUGGAGAUCCGUGGGCCGUGCCUGCUCGCAGGGGUGGAGAGUCCCACCCACGAGAUCCGAGCUGACGCCGCCCCGUCUGCACGCUCGGCCAAGAGCAUCAUUAUCACGCUGGCCAACAGGCACACCUUCGACCGGCCCGUGGAGAUCCUCAUCCACCCCAGUGAGCCCCACAUGCCACAUGUCCUGCUGGAGAAAGGGGACAUGACCCUGGGGGAGUUUGAGCAGCACCUGAAGGGAAGAACAGAUCUCAUGAAAGGGAUGAAGAAGAGCAGCAGCGCAGAGCAAAAGACAGAAAUCAUCCGGAAGCGUCUCCACAAGGACAUCCCCCACCAUUCUGUCAUCAUGCUCAACUUCUGUCCUGACCUCCAGUCAGUCCAGCCCAACCUGAGAAAGGCCCAUGGCGAGUUUAUCUUCCUCAUUGACAGGAGCGGCAGCAUGAGUGGAACCAACAUCCUCCUCGUCAAGGAUGCCAUGCUGGUGGCUCUUAAGAGCCUCAUGCCAGCCUGCUUCUUCAAUGUCAUUGGGUUUGGAUCCACAUUUAAGACACUCUUCCCUUCCAGUCAGACCUACAGUGAGGAAAGCUUGGCCGUGGCCUGUGACAACAUCCAGAGAAUGAGGGCUGACAUGGGUGGCACCAACAUCCUCUCCCCGCUCAAGUGGAUCACCCGGCAGCCAGUGCACCGAGGCCAUCCGCGGCUUCUCUUCUUGAUCACAGACGGGGCGGUCAACAACACUGGGAAGGUGCUGGAGCUGGUGCGAAACCACGCCUUCUCCACCAGGUGCUAUAGUUUUGGAAUUGGACCCACUGUCUGCCACAGACUGGUGAAAGGGCUGGCAACCGUGUCCAAGGGCAGUGCCGAGUUCCUGGCGGAAGGAGAGCGGCUGCAACCCAAGAUGGUCAAAUCCCUGAAGAAGGCCAUGGCCCCAGUCCUGAGUGAUGUGACUGUGGAGUGGGUCUUCCCUGAGACCACCGAGGUCCUGAUCUCACCUGUCAGCACCAGCUCCCUCUUCCCUGGAGAACGGCUGGUGGGUUAUGGCAUUGUGUGUGAUGCCUCCUUAUACAUCUCCAACCCCAGAUCUGACAAGAGGAGACGGUACAGCAUGCUGCACUCUCAGGAGUCUGGCAGCUCUGUCUUCUACCAAUCACAGGAGGGGCCUGGCCCAGACAGCAGAGACUGUCCCAAGAGCUUGGAGGCACCCUUCAACCUGAGGCAAGCCAAAGAUGCCCGGUCGUCCAGUGGAGACUCAGCCACCAAUCCUGGUUUAGACCUCUGCCAGCGACGGCGGGCAUAUAGCACCAACCAGAUCACCAACCACAAGCCCUCCCCAAGGGCCCCCACGGCUAGCGACCCCACGGUGGCUGCCAGGAGAUACCCACUGCGGAAAGCCAAGCUGCAGGACCUCACCAACCAGACCAGCCUGGAUUCCCCUCCGCGGCAGAUUGAUUUGCAGCUCUUGCUGUCCAGUGGCCCAGGCCUAAGCCAGGGCCCCAAACUCCGGGGCCCAGGGGCCCGCAGGCCCUCACUACUGCCCCAAGGCUGCCAGUCCUCUGGCCAGGACACUCAGCCCCGGAGCCCCAUGAAAGAGCUGGAUCUUGGGUCCGGCCUGAAGCCUGCCUCAGACAGCCACAGCCCUGGGGACCUGGAGCCGUCCCAUCACCCCUCCGCCUUCGAAAUGGAGACGUCCUCGGACUGGGAGCCCCCGGCUGAGUCGGAGGAGCAGGCCAGUCCCGGCAGGCCCGCCACCCCAGGCCCGGUGUUGGGCAAGGCCGUGGUCAAAGGCCUGCGUGACAGCCAACGUUUGCAGUGGGAGGUGAGCUUCGAGCUGGGGACCCCCGGCCCCGAGCCAGGCGGCGCGCGCGACGCCGACCUGUGGAGCGAGACUUUCCACCACCUGGCGGCCCGCGCCAUCAUCCGCGACUUCGAGCAGCUGGCGGAGCGCGAGGGCGAGAUCGAGCACGGGUCCAGCCGCCGCUACCAGGUGAGCGCUGUGCACACCAGCAAGGCCUGCAAUGUCAUCAGCAAGUACACAGCCUUCGUGCCUGUGGACAUGAGCAAGAGCCGGUACCUGCCCACCGUGGUGGGGUACCCCAACUCCAGUGCGGCUUUGCGGAUGACCAGCUCUCGGGUCCUGAGCCGACGGUGGACGGGCCCCUCUGCUGGCUUCGGACGGUCGCAGACCACGCUUGUGGAAGCCUCAGCAGCAGGAGAUGGCCAAUGGCAGAGCCCAACUGUGAAGGAAGGCCCCAGUGGGCCCUUCAGUGAGACUGUGUCCCCAGGACGUGAGAGCUACGCUGCCUCUGAAGGUCCACUGCGCAGCCUGGCCACCAAUACCCUUUCGUCCUUAAAGGCCUCAGACACUCUCUUUGGAUCCAGGCUAAAUCUGAACAAGUCCAGGCUGCUGACGCGGGCGGCCAAGGGCUUCCUGACCAAGCCACUGACCAAGGCUCCGGAGCCAAGCCCGGGGAGCCCAAGCUUCAACUAUGUCCCACUGGUGUCUCUGCAGCUGGCCUCCGGAGCCUUCCUGCUCAACCAAGCCUUCUGCGAGGCCACCCACAUCCCCAUGGAGAAGCUCAAGUGGACCUCACCCUUCACCUGCCACCGCGUGUCCCUCACCGCCCGCCAGCCCGAGUCUAAGACCCUCAGUCCUCAGCCGGGCACCAGCCCCUCACCUCGGCACGCCUCCUGUGACAGCCUCUCCACGGAGCCCCUGGCGGAGGGCAAGCCAGGCUGGGAGCCCGGGGCUGUGACAGAACUCACGGGGAAGCUGUGGGCCACGGUGGUGGCACUGGCGUGGCUGGAGCACAGCUCGGCCUCCUACUUCGUUGAGUGGGAGCUGGUGGCCGCGAAGGCCAACUCGUGGCUGGAGCAGCAGGAGGUGCCCGAGGGCCGAACGCGGGGCACGCUCAAGGCUGCUGCCCGCCAGCUGUUCGUGCUGCUGCGGCACUGGGACGAGAACCUGGAGUUCAACGUGCUCUGCUAUCACCCGAAUUACGUGUAG